AUGUUGUACCCUCUUAUGGUUGUUCGGGAAGGCAUCCACAUACAUUCUGUACUUCUGCCAGUUUGACCAUCACAGUACUUAUAAUAUGUGUUGUGGUUGCUUUACAAGAUGGAAAAUACACAAACGCGGAAAACCAAAGCAAAGCAUUUCUCCCCAACGGAGCCCAGCAGACUCAAUUCAGAUGUCGCCUUCAAAACACCAGCGCCCUAACCUCAAUACUUUCGCGCGGUGCAGGGUUGGGCAACCCUUUCCCUAGCGGACGAAAGGCUGUGUGAGCGCAAUCUGGUCACCAAGUACCUUAGCUGCCAGUCCAGGUUGGUGGCUGAGCAUUGUUAAUUGUACUUACGUCGAGCAGCAACUCCCUGUUCCGAGUCAAACAUUUUCAUUACCAGGAUUUCAUCGUCUCGUUGUUGAGACAAAUAAUGCCACCGAUACCGGGAGUCAUAGAUCGGGUAUAUCGCCUCACCGAUAUGUGAACGGCGAACAUGGUCGACCACCAUCAUCUUGGGCGGACUGAGCGUCGACCCAUCGCAGACUGCAAGCGGCCAGUCCUCCACUCGGUCACAGAUGGGCCGCCAGACACUGUCAACCGGUCAGGACUCACGUAACUUUGCUUCCACUUGCGGAGUAUCAGGAUCUCACUUUAUGAUGCGAUAUCGCUGCUUCUUGUUCAAGAGAUUGCUGGCACGGGAUCCCAUGUGUCGUUGGACGCGUAUGGCGGCGGCUUGGUCGCUUUGGUCUAUCGCUCCCAAUCAGCACUGACCGACGCUUGCUUCGUGUUUUCUGGGCGGCAACCGACCAAUAUGUACGGCGCCGACAGGGCCCAGACACACCGACGUGUCGUCCAAAUCGACCUGCGUUCCGUCCGCUAAAUCUGAUCGGUCCAUGCUGGACCGGAGCUGCAUGACACGAGCAUCAGUGGCUUGUGGAUGGUUUGUUGACAACUCAUACAUACUCUCCAGUCGAAGAUGACGAUUUCCGAGGCACCCUCAAUUUCAGUCAUUAAAAACCUCUCUACCCAAGGUAGGUAUUCUCGCUUGACGGUUUCCCGGUCAAACUUGUCCAAUUCCAGACGAGCCCGCCGGAUGCAGAAUGCGUGGCGGUCGAGGGUAAAGUUGGGCUCGGCUCCUCGCAUAUCGUGUAUGGUCUCUUCUGGGCCUGGGCGAGUCUCGAAGUUGCAUUCAUCGAUUCCUUCGGGGACGUUGAAUAGUGCGAUAUAAGGCUUGGUGGUGAGAAACUCGUCGUUCCACACAAAAUAGUUGAGCUGUGUCUUGACAUCCAGAGGUUCACACGGCGCCAAUGAUGCCAUUUCGGAUUUAAUCAAAAGCUGAUUGUCAUGCAUGAGAGGCAAAGAGUCAGCAGUCGUUAUCUUGACAUACUAUAUCUGCACAGCUCUAGGUCGCUUGGCUGCUGGUUUCGAGGCGAGUCGUGGCCAGCGGCUGACCGGACAGGGUAAGUCAAGUCACCCUAAGGACCCCAUCCAUCAGGUCUAUCUCUGGCCAUGGAUGCUUGGAAACAUGGUUAUUAAUGAGUCUACGGGCGACGACGUGAGGAUCUAGUCCGGCAUCGAUGUCUGCACAUUCAACAUUUGUGGGAAAUUGGUAGUCUACGUGUCUACUACUUCAUACAGUAGUAAUGACUGACAUUGCUUCCACUACUCGUAGCCUGGUCGUUUGGUUAUCUGGCACUCAAGCUGCGACAUGGCCACCCUGCAACGCUUUUCUGUUCUUCUCCGUCACGACGAACGUGUCCUUCUCAUCAGACCCCUUGGCCUGCCAGAAUUUCUUCCAUGGCUGCUCCCUCUCGUCCUGCGCUGGGGCGGUGAAAAACUGCUCAGGACCAUCCGCCACCUUUUUGGAGGAUGCUGGCAUUUUCGAUAGAUUUAACCGGUUCGAAGCGAGGAGCGGAAUGAGCCUUAUCAAGGCCAAUGGGAGGAUGAAGGUUUGAACUGCUGUGCCACAAAAGUCAACAACUGGUAUACGAGUGGGGAGACACUGUGCGGCCUCCAUCCACAGGCCAAAUGGGGCGGUACACAUACUGUAUUUUGUGGGGAUGGAGGCUUAUACUUUUCUUUUUGUCCGCACCACUGCCAUCGGUAUAGACUCCAGGAGUUAUUCUCACUCCAUAUAUACCUUGAAAGUUGGGCGGCAGAGCCUCAACUCUCGAGCAAGAACUUGACAAGACGGAAGUGCGGGUCGUGGUUGCUGAUUUCCUGUUGCAUUGAUCCCGCGCAUGCCGUAUUUCUCAUCCAACCUCGUUGUUCGAACUUCAAAUUUACAGCCCGUCUCACCGGCCACUGCAUGGAUGCACACUUGGGACCCUUGUUGCUGGAGGCCAAUGGAGACCUAACACGCUGUGCAGCAGACCGAAGUGUUGCAUCAACAACCGAUAGCGAUGGCACUUCAUCUGCCGAUGGUGUUUGUUCUUCAAGGGUGAGGGUGACAAAAAGGGGACGUGGCUGCAUGGGAUUUGGUCUUUGCCGCUCUGUGUCACCAUAGAUUGUCUGGCUCGCCAUUUUAUUCCUGCUCGGAAUGUACGGGUUCCGUGUCAGAAUUCAGCCUGACAAGGGAGCAAACACCUUUGCUUGCCCCUCUAUUGUUCAGCUCUGGACAUCGCUAAUGCAGAGGUCGCACACACUUGGUCUGGUUGGCCAACCAGUCUGUCACUCGCCUGUGUCACCAUCGACACUGACAUGGGCUGCCCUUCGGCUUUGCAGUCAUGACCAUCAAUGGCGGCGGGCGAGAGGCGACCCGAGUCGAUUGUGGUGUGAAGUGGCUGAGGUCAUCCGAAGACGUCCAUUCCCUUGCGCCAGCCUCACCGUGCUCCAGUCUCGCCUGCGGCCUCGACGCCUUCCUCCAGCCCGCUCCUCUCGCCAUGACCAUUGGGCUGCCCGCUCUGCUAACCUUUCAUCAGUAGAGCAGGCUGGAUGUGACUCUAGCAUCACCACUGUCUCAUCACGACAUGCGAGGCUGCAAGUUAAUGUUGUUCCGACCCAUCCCUGGCGGCAAGGAAUGGAUCUUCCGGUUUGAAGUGUUCCACACCAAAGAUUUCGAAUCGAUCUCCUUGGAGAAAUAUAUGGCUGAGGCGUGGCAAUGGGACAAACAGGUCAAAGAAAGGCUGAAUGGGAUGAAGGAGGCCAACGCGACUGCUCUUCGGAAUCUGAUGCAAUACCACAACUUUGACCAAGCUAUUGCGAACAUCAAGCAGCUGUUCUCAGAUGGCGGUCGCUCAUCUUCUAUGGCUCCGGUGGAGGAUAUAUUCCGACGGUUGGGUGACUUGGCCGGCGGGGUCUACACGCUCGUGCCCGUCAAUCAAUCGGUUCUCGAUUUAAUUUGGGCAGCGGUUCAGUUUGUGUUCUCUUCCGUUUUGCGGUUCUUUGACUGGUUUGACAAUGUCACUCAAAUGCUUCAGGAGUUGACCAAAGCCUUGCCGCAGCUCAAUCUCUACAAUGCAAGUUACGCGACGCCUGAUGUGAGAAAAGCACUGAAGGACAUUUAUGACGACUAUGUGGACUUUUGUAUCACCGUUGCCGAGUUCUUCAACCACCGUACCGGACGGUCACCUGCUUUGUGGGUCAGCCUGCGUUGGAAGAAGAUCAGGGGCGAUUAUGCAAACACCUUGAAACGUCUAGUCUAUCACAAACAGACAUUCACCAGCGCAGUAUAUCAGGCAGGCUACGUCGAUACUGCGCCGACUGCCGGCGCCAACCGUUACCUGAUGAUGCCGCCCUCGCCUCGGUCCACGAACCGUCAAGCCCCGAUCGUCGUGAUUCCUUUUCCCCGAAACCCCAAUUUUACCGGGCGAGAUGACAUCCUCUCAGCAGUUCAUGACAUUCUCAGCGAAAUCGGACCACAAUCAGCAACGCUCCACGGCCUAGGAGGAAUCGGAAAGACCCAAAUUGCACUCGAGUACUGCUUCCGGUACACUUCCAAAUACUCUGCUGUGCUCUGGGUGUCAGCCGAGAGUGAAAUCGUGAUCGCCAACUCGUACAGCGAUAUUGCACGCAAACUUGGCGUGGGUGGCAAUGAAAAGACGGCGCGUGGCAGAAUCGAGGCGGUCAAAGACUGGCUGGAAGCCAAUGCGGACUGGCUUCUCAUCCUCGACAAUGCCGAUAGCGUCGACCUGGUCCGCAACUACUGGCCAUCGACUCAGGUUGGAUCCAUUAUCGUUACGACGCAGAACCUGGACUUCAUCGACUUGACGACGCGGGAUAUCACGAUCGAUCAACUGAAAGAGGACGAGGGGGCCGACCUUGUGCUCAAAAACCUGCGGCGAGACGACAGUGAACGUCCAUCUGCGAAGCUACUCAGCGAAGAAGUGGGAGGGAUGCCGCUAGCCAUCUCCGUUAUCACUGGGUACGCGUUCAGGACGAAUCUGGGGGCGCAUGACGUGCUUCAGACACUGCGACAGAAGCGGCCUAUGGCAGAAGAACUUUGGAAUGCGCCCGUGAAGCUGUAUUAUUCCAAGAAACUGGAUACGGUGUGGGAUCUCGCACUGGCCAACCUGACACCGUCCGCAGUCGAGUUGCUUGAUGUGCUGGCCUUUUUAGACCCUGACGCUGUCCCGGAAGCCAUCAUUCUGGGCCGCAGCGAUGUCCUCCGACUAGGUCAUGACCUGGAAAUCCGGGCAGCACGGUUGAGACAAAUCAUUUACAACCUCCGUGAGCGCCAUCUAGUCGAGCGCGACGAACGGGGCGGCGAUUUUUUUCUGCGUAUCCAUCGGUCAUUUCGCCGCAGCGUGCUGCACCGUCUAGACAAAAACCUAGACCAGCGGCAAAGGGCAUACGACAAGGCGUUUACAGCGCUACGCGAUGUCUUCCCACGGAUCGAGUUCACCUCGCGCACCGAAGAUCGCUGGCCUCUGGUGCAGAAAUACCUCCCCCAAGUUCUCAGUCUCCAAUCAUGCUAUGUGGCUUCGGAACCGCGCAUCACGGCCAGCAUCGAAUUCGCCAACCUGUUAUGUGACGCGGGGACGUUCUUAUGGGAACAGAACAUCUUCAAGGACUCCAUGCCCAUGCUUUACUUGGCGGAGCAAAUAUGCGAGGAGCUUGUUGGGCCCGACGACCCGAACCCCGUAUUUGCGCAGGUCCUUGAGAGUAUUGCAGUGUAUGAGGAUCUACUGGGCUCCGAACCUCGGCGCAAAUCUGUCGUGACGAUGAAAAAGGUGCAGAAACUACGACGGGAUUAUUACGACCGCAUUCCUCCCACCUCACGCACGCAAACGGACGAAAUCACGCUAUGUCGAUCCUGGUGCGACACAGCCGCCAGCCUGAUCGGGCUCUACGAGGUCGACGAGGCCGCGGUCCUGUAUGAACGCGCAUUGGCACAUUACCGGAAAAUCAGGACGGAACAGACCAUCCCUUACCGCUUCGCCCAUAUGUACUAUGACCUCACCUGGUUGCGGGUGCUGCAGAAACGGGGUCCCGAAGCACUCGAGUGCGCCGAGAGAUCAUAUGUCUUGUCAAGCCAGGCGCUGGGCAAGGAAAGUGUCUGGACCAUCAAUUUCAGAUACAUGUGGGCCUGUGCCCUGUUCAGUGUGGGCCAUCUGAUCGAAAGCCUCCGAAUGCAUCGUGAAGUGCUGAGGGAUCGAUUGCGGAUCCUACAUGAGACUAUGUCCGAUACUUUGCUCAGUUACUACAUGGUCGGCACGUUGCUGUACUACGUGGGCGAACAUGAGGGAGCCGAGCAGAAUCUCCGCGAAGCACUGAAGCAUCGAGCCCGGGCGAAUUGGCAUCCCAUCGAAGUCGCCCGUACUGCCCACCGCCUGGUGUUGGUCCUGCAUGCCCAACAACGCUAUGAUGCUGCUUAUGAUGUCGAACAUGAUCCGGACCUGUUCCCGGAGGAGGCAAUUCCUCCAGCUAUCCGUGACGGUAUUGCCGUCAUGCCGGAGGACCGUAUGGCCCAAUAUGAUUUCGAGGUGUCGAUCUGGCAUGGCAGGACCGAGGGGCCGUGCAAGCCAGUGUUGGAACUCCCUCCCUAUCCUGCUAGUCUGGGUGAUGGUGAUAAGAGUGAGAAGAUGGGUGCCCGGCGACCUUCUGGUGGUAGUGGUAGUAUUGCGGAUGGGAGGGCUGGUGGCAUAGGAGUGCCUAUACUUUGAUGUAGUAGUGAGAACGAGAAUUGUGCCAGCCAGAAAUUAGUAGAUAGACUGUAAUGUAGGCUCUUGUGUAGGUUGUGUCGUCGAGCCAGAUUUCGUUGGUACGGUAGACCACCGUGCCGUAUAUAUCGUAGUCAAGAUACUCAUCAAGAUGGUACAGUAUUCACACUACCCUACCUAA